AUGCUGUCUAAAUACGGAUAUCUUCGCUGUCAUGUGGCAAGAAAGCGAAGAGAGGCAUCGAACAGGGACCACCGAAUCUUGCCACAUUCCAGUACGUUUCCAUCAGUCCUCACCAACGUCGAAGAAGGAGGUGGUCGCGUCUGCGAUGAAAACGAAGUUCAAAGAGCAAUCAGAAAUUAUCAAAGAACUUACAACUUGCCAGAAACGGGAGAGCUGGACGAGGAGACUAAAUCUUUAAUGAGUACAUCUAGAUGUGGAAACAAAGACAGUGAAAAAGAUCACAUUAAAGUUAAAAAUGCUAAAAAAGAAGAGAUUGACUUGGAAGAGGAAUUGUUGCUUACCACAAAUCGUACAUCAAUGCAGAAAGCUAGCAGUGUCGAUUUAUCAGUUGAUAAUGAAAACAAAAAUUUACAAGCAAAAGAUCAUAAAUUGUGGAAAAGAUCAGCGCGGUCUGAAAAUAGUAUGCUGUAUAGAGUUCUGGCUGGGCAAAAACCUAGCACACGGUCCCAAAAGUAUCUUCAAAGACAUCUAGAAGAUUAUGUUAAAAGAAUUCGCUCUGAAGCUAAAGGCAAUAAAAGACUCCUUCAUCGCUACACCCCAAAGGAAAGAAGAAAGCGUUCGAUCCACUUCCAAGGCGAUCGAGGAGUUCUUUUCAACAAAGAAAUUAUCCGUUGGCGACUGUUGACAACAGGCUACAGCACAAGAAUUCCAGUGGAAGACCAGAGGGCAACAAUUGAUCUGGCCUUCCGAAUGUGGAGUGAGGUAAUUCCAUUACAGUUUGUCGAGGACACGACCAGUCAUAUCAACGAUGUGGAUAUCGAGGUUGCUUUUGGCAGAGGAUCUCACCAGAACUGUGAACAUAACUUUGAUGGCCCUGGAGGUGAGAUCGCUCACUCAUGGAACGCUGGCAACAUGCAUUUCGAUGACGAAGAAAACUUCAAAUCGAUCCACUCCUACAGCACUGACGGUAUCUAUCUGUUGCGAGUGGCUGUGCAUGAGAUUGGGCAUGUUCUGGGGUUGAGUCACACCAACAAGUCGUACUCCAUCAUGUACGCCAUCUACCACGGCGCCGGCCAGUCGCCGGAGUUUGAGCUCAGCUGGGAUGACAGACACGACAUUCAGAAUAUUUAUGGCGUGUGUAAGGGAUCGUUUAACACCGUCUUUGACUGGGUACGUCGACAGCCAGACAAUAAAUUUAUUUACAAUACUUACUUCUUCCGGGAUAACCACUACUGGAUGUACGAGAACCAUGCCAACAGAACCCGCUACGGCGACCCACUUUACAUUGCUCGAGAGUGGGAAGGCGUGCCUGACAACGUGGAUGGUUAUGUUCACAUCUGGCUCGUUGAUGGCGGCGCAGUUAUUGACAAUGUGUUCUUCUUUAAAGGAGAGCAUUACUACAUGUAUGAUAGCCAGAAUGACCGUGUUGUAGAUGGAUGGCCAAAACGGAUUAAAGAUGAUUUUGGCCCCAAGUCCGGGACAACUGACAGCAUCCCAUCAAAUAUCGACAGUGUAUUCUUCGAUACACGGGAUAAAAAUGUGUACUUUUUCAAAAAUGAUGAU